AUGGCAAACCCCGACUUCAAAUCCGCUUUAAUCAUCGUUGACGUCCAAGAAGACUUCUGUCCACCCAAUGGCACCCUAGCAGUCCCCAAUGCCCGAUCUAUAAUCCCAACAAUCAACCACCUCCUCGCCCUCCCCUUCCCCCUCAAAGUAGCCACCAAAGACUGGCACCCCGCGAACCACACCUCCUUCUCCUCUACGCACCCCGGGACACACCCCUUCACCUCAACCACAACCAUAACCACACCCAUCGGGUCCUACGAAACGAAACUCUGGCCCGACCACUGUAUCCAGGGAACACCCGGCGCCGAGCUCCUCCCUUCCCUAUCCCUAUCUAGGAUUGAUAGGGUAGUAGAGAAGGGCCAGAGGCAGGACAUAGAAAUGUAUUCCGCGUUUUACGAUCCGCACAAAUGUGUUGAUAGUGGGCUGAAGGGUAUACUCGAGCGUGAGGCCGUGACUGAUGUUUUUGUGGUGGGCUUGGCUUUUGAUUAUUGUGUUAGGGCUACGGCGGUGGAUGCCGCUGCUGAGGGCUUCAGGACGUGGGUUGUGGGGGAGGCGACGAGAGCUGUGGAUGCGGCAGGGUGGGAUGAAGUUGUGGGGGACUUAAAGGAGAAGGGGGUGCAGGUUGUGAGUGUAGAUGGGGAGGAAGUUGCGAGGGUAACGGGAGGGAAGUAA